GUUGGCUUUGGUGAAGUCAAGCCCCGCACCGCAGCCCCGAUGACACCUCAGCCCUGGACCUGGACCGGCCUGAGCCACGGUCCCGCGGGACGCUGCUGCGCGCUGUUGGACUGAAGUGUUGAAACACCAUUAGAUGAGCCGUAUUAUGUGAAAAACGACUGUUUUCAAAGUGUCGCUAAAGAGGAAGGCUUUCAGGAGGGAAGGGAAGCGCGUGCGUUUGUGUGUCUGUUCAUCAGCUCCAGGCCGAACAUCCGCCAUGAGCGUCCCCCUUUACGCACCGACUCCCCUACAGCCGGCGCACCUCACUCCCUUCUACAUCGACGACAUCUUGGGUCGAACCGGCACCAGCACCGGCACCACCACCUCCUCUUCAUCCUCCUCCUCUUCGUCGUCCUGCUCCACACCGGUCAUCCCCACGCCGACCCUCCCGUCGCCCAACUCCUCCUUCAGCAGCUUCAUCUCUCCGUACCGCGCACCCAUUUACGAGCCCACGCCGAUCCACCCGGCCCUGAGCCCCCACGCCGCUGCCGCCGCGGCCCUGACGGCCUCCUACGCCUCCGGAGGGGCGUACGCCGGCUCCAUGUACCCGUUCCACCCCCAACACCACCGCUCCAUGGGGGACUACACACAGGCGCUGCUCAGAUACGACCCUCUGGGUAAACCGUUGCUGUGGAGCCCGUUCAUUCAGAGGCCUUUACAUAAACGGAAGGGCGGACAGGUCAGGUUCUCCAACGACCAGACAAUCGAACUGGAGAAGAAGUUCGAGACGCAGAAGUACCUGUCACCUCCGGAGAGGAAAAGACUGGCCAAGAUGUUACAGCUAAGCGAGAGACAGGUUAAAACCUGGUUCCAGAACCGCAGAGCCAAGUGGCGCAGACUGAAGCAGGAGAACCCGCAAGUAUCCAAGAGGGACCUGGAGGAGGGGGGGUCCCCGGGGAAGGCUCAAAGCAGAGGUGACCACAGCCCAGACCGGACCGGACCCCGCAGCCCGGACCGGACCGGCCUCAGAACCCCAGAGCAGAUACUGUCCUCAGCGUGUGCGCGCCCCUCGUCCCCGCAGCAUCAGUCCUACACAGAGCUGGACUCUGACGGGUCAGACUCAGACCAGGAGUUGGACAUAGAAGAGGAGGACGAGUUCUGAAAGAACACACAUGCACACACGCAUGCGCACGCACACACACACACACACACACACACACACACACACACACACACACACACACACACACACACACACACACACAAAGGCCUCAUGUCCGUUCAAGGACAUGAAGGUAAACCAAGACUCUGAGGGGCACGAAUAGGUCAAAGGUCAUGAAGAAGUUCUUUUAAAUCAUAAAUUCAGUUUUUAUAGUUCAUCUACACUGUUGGCCAUAAGGUCGGAAUAAAAUAUGAAUA